AUGAUGGGCAGCUACCCCAACCUGCAGGGAGGUGCAACCCGCGACAUGCAGCAGUACCCUCCAGUUUUCGGUUCCCCCAUGCAGGAUGGAGGAGGGGCCCCCUUCAGAGGCCCCCCUCCCAUGGACGGCGGGUGUGGGCCGCAGGGGCCCCUGAGGGCACGGCGACCGGGGGCCCCUGGGGGGCCCCUCCCAGACGCACCCUCUCCUUUCAUACUGCGAACUCCAAGAGCCAUGCCGGGGCCCCCCAUGCAGGGGCCCCCUCAAGACGUCCCUGGGCCGCCGCCUCCUCCAGACCCUUCUCGAGGACUCUGUGGAGUCUGGUAUGGCAGGGGUCCCCCCCCCCCGCCAUUCCGGCAUCCAGGAAUGGGGGCCCCUGGGGGGCCGGGGGUUCCCGGGGCCCCCAUGGCUGCUGCGGCUUUGAAGAAAAGGAAGGUGUCUGCGAACAAGGCGAAGGCAAAGAAGCAGAAGAAACUGCAGCAGCAACAGCAGCAACAGCGCCAGCAGCAGACGCAGGACGCACUGGAGGAUGAGAGCGGCGUCGGGCUGAAUGAGGGUGACCCUGGGUCAGCUCCUGCGGAUCAGCAGCAGCAGCAGCAAGAGUUCGGAACGGGCGAGCAACAGGAGCGGCAGGACGGUGAGCAGCAGGAAGAAGAGGAGGAUGAGCAGCAGCAGCAACAGGAGGAACAGGAGCAGCAACAACAGGGAGAUGAAGACGGCGCUGCUGCUGGCGAUUGGGAAAGAACAGCAGAACAGCAGUCGGCGCUUUCCGAUUAUUUCGCAUCUAAGACGCAGGAAUUUUUGUCCUCAGAAGCAUAUUUGGAGGGAUGGAGCAAGAAGGAUCUGAUUGAGUACUUCUACGAUCAGUAUCUGCAGCAGGACAUGACUGCUGCAGAGGCUCUCGCCUCCGCUACAUCCUACGUUGAAAAUCCUGAAGCUUACGGUUUAGUUGGGGGAGGAUCUACGGAUGAUGCCGCAGCAGCAGAAUCAGCAGAUGCAGCGGCAGACGCAGCAGCAGGGAGCGCAGUGGAAGAUGCGGCAGCAGUAGCAUCAGCACCGGAAGGAACAGAAAGCUCAGCAGGAAUGGGAGAAGCUGCAGCAGCAGAAGGUGCAUUGGGAGAAGAUGCUGCGGGAGCAGCAGAAGCUGCUCCUGCUGUUGCAGACGGGGCUGAUGAGGAUGGCAGUGCGUAG